UUUGAUGCGGGAAAUCGGUGGGAGAUCUAAAGAAGCGACAGCAUAGGAUUCUGAGCUCUGUUAAAAGGUAGUCAGUCUUUUGCCUCAGCUGGAUUUAAACAAACGAUGGCGGGACUCCGAGCACCUAAGGCUGGCUCUGCCAGAGAUACACAAAUGAGAAUUGACUCCUCAUUCGACCCAGUUGAAGCCAGAAAAUGUUUGGAAUGGAUCAGAGAAAUGACAGGCGAAAGUUUCAACACAGAUGUCGGCCCCGAGAAAUACAAAGUGGUAGAGAACUUCUGGAAAGUUCUUCGCGAUGGGAUCUUACUCUGCAAGGUAUUGAAUGUAGCCGUGCCUGAUCAUCUUAAGUGCAACUUCAACUCACCAACGUUCAGACCUACAGGGAAUCCACAGUUUCAAUCUGCAAGAGAAAGGGAAAGAAUUGAACUUUUUAAUAGAAAACUGGAGGAAUUCGGAGUCUCCCCAGACAACUGUUUCUUAGUGGACUGCCUUUACGAGAGAACCAACCUGUGGCAGGUGGCUGCAAGUAUCAGGGCAUUAGGAACAGAGUUCGAGUCCCGUCCAUCGUUCACCGGCAUGCGCUGGUGGCCCCGCAAGGCUGAGGCGAAUCCCAGAGUUUUCUCACAAGACGUUCUCAACGCUGGAAAUACCAUCAUCAAUCUUCAGUACGGCUCCAACAAGGGUGCCUCCGCCGCAGGCCUGAACUUUGGAAAGAAGAGGAUGAUCAUGAAGGAAUGACGACACGGACAUCUCAUUUGGCGUAGAUUUCAGUUAUUUCGAUUUAGGUGUUUUUCUUUUUACAAAGUGAUCUGUUCGUUUAAAUGUUGCUCCGGAGUCUGUGGACAGCUUGCAAGCAUAAUGAUAAGGUCAUGAUGAAUAUAUUGAAAUACGUGGCCAUGAAAAAUCGUUUUCUAUGGGGGCUAAACCUUUUGACAAACCUUUUCAUCAAUUUACUGAUUGUCGGUAGUGUCCAAAAAAAUUAUCAAGUUUACAUUGUUUCGUAGGAUCGUAAACUCGUACAAUAAUGACGUCAAUUAUGACGUCAUCGAGGAAUAAAGUUUCCUUUUGCCUCGGAGACUGAGCAACUCAGUAUGAGGAACUGGUUUCGGUUAUUAUGGAGCAUAGGCCUUUGAUGUCUAUGCGCAGAGAGUAGGCCUUAAUGCCUGACGUGUGACAUGGAUUUGGUGUUCUAAUGAGCACGGCAGCAGAGGACAAAAUCUACAUGAAGCGCAAACCGUCACUGCCGACAUACAAGACCUUCAUUUUAUACGAUUAUGAUAAUAAACAUUACCUGGUGUAGAUUUUCCUUUUUAAUAAGUUCGUUUCCUUAUUCCGUCCAUCUCACUGCCCCACUUUGCACAGAAACCUUGAUUGUUGGCCGAAAACGAGGCUACUUUCGGAAUUCCUUGACAACACUGCCAGUCCUAUAGUUAUAGAAGUGACGUCAUCAGCACUUUUUGAAACGUCAUGAACAACUCUACCUGCAAUCCCAGUUACUGCCUUUGUGUUGCUCACAAGCGGCCUCUUGUACACUUGUCAAUAUUAUUUUGUAAUAAAUGAAAGUUUAUUUAUACUUCAUGAAAAACA